GCCGGUGGGAGGCGAUGGGGGAUGGGCAGAGGGGCCGGGGGCCGCGCGGCACUGUUAGGCUAUGAGCCCUUUGAAGAAACUGGAACAGGAGUAAAACUGGCUGAGUUAAAAUUAAAUCUUGACUUUUGGAACCUUUAAAUAGAGCUUCAAACUUAUUAACUGUGUAAUUUGGGAACAGUCGUGUCUCAGAAUACCUGGCUCUUUUGGUGCCAUAGAACUGCAGCUGCAGUAAAAUGUUUGCAAAACUGAAGAAGAAGAUAGCAGAGGAAGCAGCAAUUGCUCCUCGGCCAGGAGGGGCUGCCAGAAUUCCCAGAUCAGUCAGCAAAGAGUCAAUCACGUCUGUGGGAGCAGAUUCUGGAGAUGAUUUUGCCUCUGAUGGAAGCAGCUCCAGAGAAGAUCUCUCAUCCCAGCUACUUAGAAGAAAUGAACAAAUACGAAAACUGGAGGCCAAACUGUCUGAUUAUGCUGAACAGGUCCGAAACUUGCAGAAGAUAAAAGAGAAGCUUGAAAUUGCAUUAGAAAAGCAUCAGGAUUCUUCCAUGAAGAAAUUUCAGGAGCAGAAUGAGGCUUACCAGGCCAACAGAGCAAAGAUGGCUGAAGGAAUGGCUUUGGCGUUAGAAAAAAAGGACCAGGAAUGGAGGGAAAAGUUGGUUCAUCUUGAAAAGGAAAAAGAGAUGCUUUCGGCUCAGUUACAAGAAAUGAGGGAGCAGAGUUUGAAUCUUUUCCAAAAGAGAGAUGAAAUUGAUGAACUGGAGGGCUUUCAACAGCAGGAACUGGCCAAAAUCAAACACAUGCUUUUGAAAAAGGAAGAGUCUCUAAGCAGAGCAGAACAGGAGCUAGAGGCAUGCAGUCGGGAACUAACCCAUGCUAAAAAAGAGCUGCAGGUCACAAGCAACUUGUCAUCGCUUCUGAGCAAUGAAGUGGAAGAGUUGCGGCAGCAGCACUCGGCGCUGGAAGCCCAGAGGGAUGAACUAGUGGCAGCUGAGGCGAAUGCAGAAAAUAAGAUCACUGCCCUGGAGCAGAGAGGACAAGAGCUACAAACCUUCAUUCAGCAUCUUUCGGCAGACUUGCAAAACAUGACUGUUGAAGUUGAUGAGAAAAAUAAACUCAUUGAACAUCUGCAGGAAAAAGUGUCUUCCCUAGAAAAGAGACUAGAAGGGAAUUUUUCAGGGGAUGAACAUGUGUGGGAGCUACUCAAGGAGAAAACUGCUCUGGAGCAGAAACUGGAUGACACCAGACAGCAGCUAUUGACAGCUAGAACCAAUCAUGCUGAGACUGUGAACCUACUGGAAACCCAGCUGAAAGAACUUGAACAAGCACUACAGCUCGCUAAUGGGGCACUAGAGAGGAGCAAAGAAGAAAUCGGUGAGAGGGAUCUACAGAUCCAAAAGCUGCAAACAGAUCUAGAGGUUGAGAGCAGCAAAUUACAACAGCAUAUCUCAACUGUAAAGCAUCAGUGCGCAGAACGGAUUAGCAGGCUGGAGGCUCAAAUAGCUGCCCUUGAAACAGCUCGAGAGUUUGACAAAACAACUUCCCAACAUAAGAUAAGCCAGUUGGAACAGGAAAAUGAAGAUUUUAAUGAAAGCAGACAAGAAUAUGAAAGUUCUUUAAAGAAACAAGAGUCUGAACUGGAAAGACUAAAGAAGGAAUUAAGCAGCAGAGAAACAGUCAGUGUUGAAAUUGCCAAAGCACUGGAAGAAACACGGAAUCAAAGGGAGGAAUUACAGCAGCAGGUUACAGAUCUGAUCUUACUGAUAAAGGAAAAGGACCAGUUGAUCAAUGAAAAAACUGAUGUGAUUCUAAAAAAAGAGGAGGAGCUAAACCAACUCAGUCAAGGUCAUGAAGCUCUCGUGCUGCAAAUGCACCUGUUGCAGUCUGACAUAGAAGCAUGCAAGAGCCAAGCAGCAGAGAGGGAAGAAACAGCAGGAAAGCAGAUCAGUGCUUUGAGGUUGAAGAUGCAGGAGCAGCAAGAGCAGCUGCUGGCCAGCGAGAGAAAUGUGACAGCAAGAGCCUUUAAUAAGCACUUGUAUCCUCCAGAAGACAGUGAGGUGGAACAAAACGGAGAGGUGGCAGCUGCAGACAUCCUUCAACUUCAGAAAGACAAUAGAGACUUGGAGCAGCAAAUUUCUGAGAAAAACAAGAUGAUAAAACAGUUACAGCAGCGAAUGGCAGAGCUCAAAAAGACCCUGCAGAAAGAGCUGAAAAUAAGGCCUGACAACGAGAUCCCUGAAGUACGUGAGAAACCAAAUUCUGAAGUGCCUAAUGCUGCAAUGACUGUCACAAACAACUCUGAUUUAAACGAUUCACGGGAGAUCAACUUUGAAUACCUUAAACAUGUUGUACUAAAGUUCAUGUCCUGCCGGGAAGCUGAGGCAUUCCACCUAAUUAAAGCUGUGUCCGUGUUACUUAACUUUUCACAAGAGGAAGAAAAUAUGCUCAAAGAAACGUUGGAAUACAAGAUGUCGUGGUUUGGGUCAAAGCCAUCUCCCAAAGGCAGUAUCCGGCCAUCCAUCUCGAAUCCCAGGACAGCAUGGUCUUAAGGGAACUGGAAAAUGGGCAAUCAGCAUCUAGCCUCUUUUUUUCUGUGAAAAGGACUCUUUACACACUAGUUCAGGUGUGUCUUAAUCACUGUCAUUGCAGUAUUUUGUACAAGAAUUUUGACUAAUUGUUUACAAAGAUAUACUGUACAAGCAGCAUCCUUCACUGCAAAUUGAAAUUUUCUCUCUGGGGUGGAUUCAGGGACUCUGUCUCAAUGGCCUGUUACACAGCUAACAGCUAUCUCCUUAUGCUCAUAAAUCCCGUGUCUUGGCAUCAAAGGGUUAUAUUAAUUUCACUAAACAUUAGUGGCGGUUCAGGAUUUUGACAUUUUACAUUUGUCAUGAAAUACUAAAGGUCCAUACCUCUAGGUACAUACUGUAAAGCUUCCCUUUCUCAUUGGGCACAGAUGGCAAUGAAGGGGUG